AUGGCUUCUUCUUCUUCCUAUGCUUCCUCCGCCAUCUCCUUCGAGUCCGAGUCCACCCGAGAACCCACUCCAGAGUAUGACCCUAUAGCCACUUACGAGACCUGGUCAGAGGACGAUGAGUCCCUGAUCGAUGGCGAAGAUCUCCACCUCCUCCUCGGCGGUGAGCUGGAGGAAGAUGACGAGGAUGACACGUCCUGGGAAGAAAACUUCUUCUUCUCCUCGGAAGAAGAAGCCGAUUCCUCAUCAACCAAGGAGGACUCGGUGGCAGGAGGCUACCUCCUUGGCGGAUCAUCAGAGGAUGAUGAUAACGACGACGACGAUGAAGAAGCCAAAGAUAGCAGCAGCUUCAGCAGUGACAGUGGCGGAGACGAUGGCGGUGACGACGAUGGCAGCAGCGACGACAGCGAUGCCAGCACGGUUCCACUGAUCAAGCGCCGCAGAGUCUCCAGCGCCUACUGGUGGUAG